AGGAGCCGCCGCCGGGAGCGCGGGCCCGGCACCGCCGCGCCGCCAUGGGCAACCGGGGCAUGGAGGAGCUCAUCCCGCUGGUCAACAAGCUGCAGGACGCCUUCAGCUCCAUCGGGCAGAGCUGCCACCUCGACCUGCCGCAGAUCGCCGUGGUGGGCGGGCAGAGCGCCGGCAAGAGCUCGGUGCUCGAGAACUUCGUGGGCCGGGAUUUCCUUCCCCGUGGCUCUGGGAUCGUUACCCGCCGGCCUCUGAUCCUGCAGCUCAUCUUCUCCAAGACGGAAUAUGCCGAGUUCCUGCACUGCAAGUCCAAGAAGUUCACGGAUUUCGACGAGGUGCGGCAGGAGAUCGAGGCGGAGACCGACCGGGUGACGGGCACCAACAAGGGCAUCUCCCCCGUGCCCAUCAACCUGCGCGUGUACUCGCCCCACGUGCUGAACCUGACCCUGAUCGACCUGCCCGGGAUCACCAAGGUGCCCGUGGGGGAUCAGCCGCAGGACAUCGAGUUCCAGAUCCGCGACAUGAUCCUGCAGUUCAUCAGCAGGGAGAGCAGCCUGAUCCUGGCCGUCACCCCGGCCAACAUGGACCUGGCCAACUCGGACGCGCUCAAGAUGGCCAAGGAGGUGGACCCGCAGGGCCUGAGGACCAUCGGGGUCAUCACCAAGCUGGACCUGAUGGACGAAGGCACCGACGCCCGGGACGUGCUGGAGAACAAACUGCUGCCCCUGCGGAGAGGCUACAUCGGCGUGGUGAACCGCAGCCAGAAGGACAUCGAUGGCAAGAAGGACAUCAGGGCUGCGCUGGCUGCAGAGCGCAAAUUCUUCCUGUCACACCCGGCCUACCGGCACAUGGCCGAGCGCAUGGGCACGCCGCACCUGCAGAGGGUGCUCAACCAGCAACUGACCAACCACAUCCGGGAGUCGCUGCCCUCGCUGCGCAGCAAGCUGCAGAGCCAGCUGCUGUCCCUGGAGAAGGAGGUGGAGGAGUACAAGAACUUCCGACCCGACGACCCCGCCAGGAAAACCAAAGCCCUGCUGCAGAUGGUGCAGCAGUUCGGGGUGGACUUUGAGAAGAGGAUCGAGGGCUCGGGGGACCAGGUGGACACUCUGGAGCUCUCCGGGGGCGCCAGGAUCAACCGGAUUUUCCACGAGAGGUUCCCCUUCGAGCUGGUCAAGAUGGAAUUUGACGAGAAGGACCUGAGGCGGGAGAUCAGCUACGCCAUCAAGAACAUCCACGGGGUGAGGACGGGGCUGUUCACUCCAGACCUGGCCUUCGAGGCCAUUGUGAAGAAGCAGGUGGUGAAGCUGAAGGAGCCGUGCCUGAAAUGUGUGGAUCUGGUGAUCCAGGAGCUCAUCAACACCGUGCGCCAGUGCACCAGUAAGCUGGGCUCGUACCCCAGGCUGCGGGAGGAGACCGAGCGCAUCGUCACCACCCACAUCCGGGAGCGCGAGGGCAAAACCAAGGACCAGAUCCUGCUGCUCAUCGACAUCGAGCUCUCCUACAUCAACACCAACCACGAGGAUUUCAUCGGCUUUGCCAACGCCCAGCAGCGGAACACUCAGAUCAACAAGAAGAGAGCGAUCCCAAACCAGGGGGAGAUCCUGGUGAUCCGCCGGGGCUGGCUCACCAUCAACAACAUCAGCAUCAUGAAGGGCGGCUCCAAGGAGUACUGGUUCGUGCUCACGGCCGAGUCGCUCUCCUGGUACAAGGACGAGGAGGAGAAGGAGAAGAAGUACAUGCUGCCUUUGGACAACCUGAAAAUCAGGGACGUGGAGAAGGGAUUCAUGUCCACCAAGCACAUCUUUGCCAUCUACACGGAGCAGAGGAACGUGUACAAGGACCUGCGGCAGAUCGAGCUGGCCUGCGACUCGCAGGAGGACGUGGACAGCUGGAAAGCCUCCUUCCUGCGGGCAGGGGUCUAUCCCGAGAAGGACCAGGUGGCGAGGGACGGCGCCCAGGAGAACACCUUCUCCAUGGACCCGCAGCUGGAGAGGCAGGUGGAGACCAUCCGCAACCUCGUGGACUCCUACGUGGGGAUCAUCAACAAAUCCAUCCGGGACCUGAUGCCAAAGACCAUCAUGCACCUCAUGAUCAACAAUACCAAGGAUUUCAUCCUCGAGCUGCUGGCCUUCCUGUACUCGUUCGACCAGGGCAGCCUGAUGGAGGAGUCGGCGGAGCAGGCGCAGCGCCGGGACGAGAUGCUGCGCAUGUACCACGCGCUCAAGGAGGCGCUGGCCAUCAUCGGGGACAUCAGCACCAGCACCGUGUCCACGCCCGUGCCCCCGCCCGUGGACGACACCUGGCUGCAGCCCGGCGCCGGCCACAGGUGCGCGCUGGGCGGGGAGGGGUCCCCGAGGGGGUUUGGGGGGUUUGCUGGGGGGUCUGGGGUGGUCUGUGGGGUGCUGGAGGUGUUUCCAGAGCGGUUUGGGGUGUUCCCAAGAUGUUCCCAGAGGGAUUGA